CCAGAGCCAUUUGUGCCUGGAGGCAGCAGUGCGAGUAUUUCAGGUAGGAAGUGCCCAUGAUCUAGAGUAGCAAGUAGCGAUAUGGAGACUCAGCCGAGUGAGAUUUAUGGAGUGGAUCUGGCCCCAUUGAGAGAUGGAGAACCAGCCAUGGAACUCCCACCUGAUUCAAGCCUGGGGCCGAGAGUGGACGCAGGGGAUGGUGUGGAUAUGGGCUUCAGUCAACCUGAAAGCCCACAGUCAAGCUCUGAAGACAACCCAAGAGCAGAGGAGGUGCUUGAGAUGGGCGAUGCUCCAGUAGUAAAGGCUGAGCCCGUCUCUAAAGACGCCCCAUGCCUAGAAGUGGUAUCAGGGAUGGAUAGUGACCAAGUUGUGAGUGCAGGACGAGAUGGGGAAGGCAGCCAGCAACCAAAUCAGGCCUUGGAAUUGGUCUUUGACCAAGCUGAAAGCACAAGUCCAGAGGACACCACACUAACAUGCGACAUUCUACUGGUAGAAAUAGAACAAAUUAUAAGCGCAGAUUCAGGUUCUGAAGAUGACCUGACAACAGAGGAGGCUAUAGAAAUGGCUGGUUACCCAGUUGUGAGCUCAGCCCUAGGCCUUGAUGAAGACCAGAUACAACAGGAGGCUUUGGACAUGGUUGCUCAACAGGUCCUAAGUUCAGGUCUAGGCUUUACGUACAAGCUUCAAAUGGAGGUUUGGGAGAUAGAUGAUAGUCAUGUAGUAAGUUCAACCCAAUCCCCUGAAGACUACCAGACACCAGAGGAAGUUUUUGAGAUGGAGGUAGGCCAAGCCAUGAGACCAAGGCAGGCUGUGGAGAUAGAUGGUGACCAUCUGGGUCUAGGGCAAGUGCCUGAUGACAACCAGGGACAAGAACAGGAUUUGAAGAUAGAUGAUGAUCAAGUUGUGAGAGCAAGCCAAGAUCCCGAAGGCCACCUGAGACAAGAAAAUGUCCCGGAUAUGAGUGACGGACUGGGCCCCGAGGAUGACCAGAGUCCAGGGGAGGCUUUAAAGAUGGACAGCAACGAAAACAUGAGCCCAGACUCACAAACUGGAAACAAACCCUGGCCAUGGAAGCCAUAUCCAGGCAAAGCUAAGCCAGAGGAAAGUAACACCCUGAGCCUGCCUUUCCCUGUUAGGCUCUGGAUGGCAGUGGAGGAUGAGGCUUUACCCUCCGUGUACUGGAGUGAUGAGGGGGACACUAUAAUCAUUGAAGAGCAUGAAUUCCAGAUUAAUGUUCUCCAACAAGAAGGCGAAGGGAAGCUGUUUGAAACAGAUAGCCUGAAAAUCUUCAAACGGCUGAUGAGCCUGUAUGGCUUCAGAAGGGCACGCUCUAAGAUCCCUUCAGUUCACUCUUCCCAGAACAGGAAGAUCAUGUUUUACCGCAAUUCCAAGUUUAAGAGAGACCAGCCUAUGCUUGUUGAGACCAUCCAGAAAAAAAUCAAUGUGGCCAGCUCCUCAGAGAUGGCAGAGCCAACUCCAAAGCGAAGAAAGAAGGCAAAAGGCAGCAGACGAUCCCCACGACUCCACCAGAAAGAUUACAUGGAGGAAAAUGCCCUGCAGGGAGUCCCAAAGGCACCCCAACGCUAG